AUGGUCCUAAACAAGACAGACUCUCCAUUUCCAGAACCAUUUGGGGGUGUUCCUGUCCUGUACGAUGUUGUCCCGACGAGUAUUUUCCUCCUAGGUUUUACCAUCUUGACCGGGAUCAACAUCUCCUAUAUGUUCACCAAGACACGGCAUACAAACGUCAAGUUCGCAAGCAUAUUAGUUCCCAUCGAACGCCUUAUCAUACUCUCGUUUCGUAUCGUGGCGAGCGUGUACACUGGAGCACGCGAGAGCUGGGCCUUUCUCGAAUAUCCUCAAGUUGGACUAGGAACUGGUAUCGUCAUCCUGUUCCAAGAGCAGGUUUAUCUCCUCGUCUGCGCCGUGACAAGUGCCACGCGGGAAGACGUCAACUUUGAAGACUGGAUACGGAUGACGGAAAAGGACCCAAAGACGGCGGCCCAUCGACGAGAGGAGAGAGUGGCGAUCAGAAAGUGGGGUGGUAAUAUGGAAUUGGUGGUUGGCAUGUUCCAGUUUCUCCAGAUCUGGAGUGGUUUCCAAACGACGAGCGUACAUUAUAGGCUACCCAUAGUGUGGGUUAACGCAUUUCGCUUUUGCGCAAACUGUGCGAUCCUUUUCGCAAUGAUCGGUCUCCUGUCCAUGGUUCACAAGCAGAAAGACAUAGAGUCUAUCAAUAUCGUCGCCCUGAAACGACAGCGUAUGGCUCUCAGUUUCCUCGUCAUCGUCCCAAUUUUCCGCGCGGCCACAUCCUUUCAAACGAUCCCGAGCCUCACUGCCUCGAGUUCAAGAGUCCCCACCAAACUCUUCUUCUACCUCUGCCAGCUACUACCAGAGCUUAUCGCAUGCUCCAUCACCAUCCUAACGGACUAUCGCAAUCUCGUUGACACAGGCAUCCAUGGCGAUUGGCCACGGAGCCGCAUUGAACGCGGCUUGCCCGUUAUUCCUCCAUUCCUAUAUGCCAUCGGGCUGAUGUUCAUGCCGUGGAAGUGGCGUCUCUGGAGUUGUAUCUCCGCUCGCAAACAAAUGAGAGAGGCGAGGAUCGAGCGAGAAGGGCUAUGGUAG